GUGUGUGUGUGUGUGUGUGUGUGUGCAAGGCUUCUCAAGGCUUUUUUUUCUCUAGUAUUACGAAAUGUAAACGUAUUCACGGAUAAUAUGGAGGGACGUGCAUUUAUCCUGGACGGUCCAGCAAGAGGAAAUCCCAACACUUUCCUGUCCAGUCUGGUUGAAUUUUGCGUGGAUUCGGUCUCUACCUGUUUCUCCCAUGACGCAGACAAACUUUGCGUCCCCAUCGGCCUCAGCUUUCUGUCCGCGCUGCUCUUACUGCUCUCAUGCUUUCUGCUCCUGUGUCAGGGGUGCAAAUGUCUGAGACAAAAUCCGGGAGAAACAAUCACCUUCCUCUACAGCCUCCUCGGUAACCUGUGCAGCACGGUUGGAGCCAUUCUGUCCAGGCAGCUGCAUAUUCAGGUUUUAAUAGGUGCUGUUGCUGCUGCUGUGGAUGCUGUGCAUUUUAUUGCUUGCUUCCCUCUCCUGUGCUGGAACUCAAAGGCAGAGAGGAGGCUGAGGAUGAUGAGGGCGCGGAGGAGGCAGCACCUUCUCGCAGUGUGUGUACUGAUGGUGGUUGCAGGAGGUUUUCUGAAGUCCAGGGUCACUCACCGCCCAGCUGACGGGCAAUUCAGUGGGAGGAGACUGCUGCACGUCACACUCCAAGACAACACUGAAAUCCUGGGUUACGUACUUGGCCUCCUUUCCUUUGUCAUCGCCUGUACCUCCAGGUUUCCUGCACUCCGCAGAGCUUACAGAGGACAGAUGUUGACCCGGGCCUACAUGUUCUCUGGACUGCUGUGCUCACUGGCGGGUGCCCUCUAUGCUGCUGCCAUACUCCUCUAUGACACUCAGCUUGGGUUUCUUUUGAAAGUCAUGCCGUGGUUGCUGUCAACAAUAUGCUGUGUCACCCUGGACCUUCUUAUUCUAGUCAUUCAUUGGUGCAGAAGAGGAACCAGACAGCAGCUUACCAGUUUUUCUGCAGACACAGAGAGCCUUUUAGGUGGCUCACGCAUCCCCACUGAGGAUAAGGGUAUCAUGGAAAGACAGAGAAAGCAGCAAGUUCAUUCUUCAGCACAAACAAAAACAAAAAAAGGCCAGAAGAUGACUGAGAUGGGCCGUUAUAUGGAUGUCAGUGUUCAACCAGCAAGAAAAAUAUGCCUUAAGGAGGUGUUGUCCAAGGAGGAGGUGAAGGACCGGCGUCUCAACAGGAAUGUGCAAGUGACCAGAGUCGACAGAUUCUGCUCCUCAGAUACAUCCCAUGAUUCUUCACUAGUCAGCUCCGAUCUGGAGUGGGAUUUUGAAGAGGCAACUGCCCAGUGGAGUGAAGCAAUGGCAAAACAACAGCACCCUCUACUACAAGGGUGGCCAGCAAACCACACACCCUGUAAGAUCUGCAUCUGUGCCAUGUCUAGACUCUCACAGAAAACUCCAUCUGGUACAGAAGAGGGUGAGAGAGUCUUCUCUCCAAGCGUAGCAAAAUGACAAAUGCAUUUUGCUCUCAGUUAAUAAUGUGAUACACAUCUGGUGCAUUAAUUUGAGGGGGGGUAAUAAAAGAAAGUGUAAACACUGACCUGUCAUCUGUGUUGUCUUACUGCACUGUAACUGCCUGUACUGCCUCGCUCUCAUCACUUCAACUGUCCAGUGUUCAUACAAUGAUGGUGAAAAUGGUUGAUAAUGAUGGAUGUUUUAUUCUAGUUGCAUUGUGCAGGUUCUAACAUUCAACUACAGCUACUGUCACAACUCCUGUCCUGACUGCAUUCAUCAAGGUUUACAGAAAAGACCUCCCCUAAUAAAACAAUAUUGCGCCCCUGCUGCUUUGCAAGGUUAUUGGGUCAUAUCCUGUAUUUUGCAAGUCCACCCGGGUUAUCAGGGCUGGACUGGGAAAAGGCCCGACAGAGCAGAUAAGCACCAGACUAGACGACCAGGGCUCCUCUGUCCUCUCCAUCAUCCCUCCAACCUCUGUCCAUCCGCCUGCUCCGUGGUUUAGACGAUGAUGCUGGAGCAACAGAGCUAGGGCAUUUUUAACUGAAGGGACUUCCUAAGAACCCGAUAACGGAACAAUACAGAGAUUAGAGCAAAGUUACAAAGCACAUUUCCCUCCUCCCUGUUACAUUUCCUCAAGUGACAUGGCUGUCUGGGACAAAUGACUGGGAAACAACUAAUGAAGUGGAACAAAGCAAUUGCUGAUAUCAGCAGUAGAAAUUAAUGUAACUUAACACCUUGUUUGGCCUGUAAACAUGACACGAUUGGACUGGGAGAUAAUUCAAUAAUAUUGUUUAUUUAAUAUUAGCAACAACAUAUUGAGAUGAUCUUAUCUUAUUGUUGUACAAAUUUAUGGCUUGAUUUAUAAUUAAAUUAAUGAUUUUGAGCAAACUGGUUGUUAAAGUUUUUGUUUAACAUGUAUGAAGAAUUAGGUCUCAUAUAUUGUAUAACACUGGAAAUGAAUUGCUUUAACAUCUGAUUAUUUUAUGUGUAAUUCUGCAUAUAUUUGUCUUUUCACUAAAUCUAUUAAUAUUGUGAUAUAUAUAUAUAUAUAUAUAUUAUAUACUGUAUACUAUUGGUAUACAGUAUACUGAUAGUGUAAAUACUUGUGGCAUGUUUAAUGUUUAAGUGUUUCUAUAUAUUUAUUUAUAUAACUGUUUUGUCUUUAAUAUGUUUUUGAUUGAACUAAUUAGCCCACAAUGAAAAACCAUUCAGUGCUUCCAGCUGCUUAAGCCAAUCUAAUGUUGCUGAUGGAUAGGAAUGUAUCCCAUGUGUAUAGCUUGCUAAAGAGGCCUGAAAUCUGAGAUGCUGAAUAAGUUAAACCAUUACAAACAUAGUGGCAGUUUAACUGGAGCUCAUAUUGCAAAAUAUGUGUCUUCAACGUCACUGUUUAUGUUUUUGUAAACCACCAUGGAAACAGGUGAAAACAAAAGUUUCUAUUUUUCAUCUGUAUUUCCUAAAAGAUCCAAUAAACUAAAGAAAAAACCGA